CCGCCCACCACAAGAGCGCGUGCAGCUCCGCUCCUUCGCGCGGUCUCACCGCACUAACAACAUGAAAACAGAAAAGCUGCUUAACAACAACACAAACAAAGACGAGCUCAUUUGGAAUUAAAUUAUAGCGACUAAUUGCAGUUUCAUCGAAGUUUUGCUUUGGCGUGUUUGUGCGGAACAGAGAGAGAGAGAGAUGUAGCGGAGCAGAGUCGUUCCUUUAGGCGCUAUGGUGCAGAGCCUCCUCAAUCUCAUUAGCGAGAGUUUUUUAACUGUGAAAGGUGCAGCACUUUUUCUCCCAAGGGGAAAUGGCUCCCCUUCUUCAUCCUGCUCGUCACGAAUCACAGGACAGCGCAGCAAACAUGCAGAGGAUCUUCAGCAGCACCUGCAGACCAUGUUCACUCUGCUCCGGCCAGAGGACAACAUCCGUCUGGCUGUGCGGCUGGAGAGUGUGCAGUCUCAGUGCACACGCUACAUGGUGGUAGUGACCACAAAUGGGCGGCAGGACACCGAGGAGAGUGUGGUGCUGGGCAUGGACGUAAGCCCCACUGAUGGUUCCUGUUCGAUAGGCCUGGUGCUUCCUCUGUGGAGUGACACUCUGAUCCAUUUAGAUGGAGAUGGAGGGUUCAGUGUGUCCACAGAUAACAGGGUCCAUGUUUUCAAGCCCGUCUCUGUCCAGGCCAUGUGGUCGGCUUUGCAAUCUCUCCAUAAAGCCUGUGAGGUAGCACGUUCCCAUAACUACUUCCCUGGUAGCCUCUUCUUGACAUGGGUCAGCUACUACCAGAGCAGUGUAUCUUCAAACCAGACCCAUGUCAACGAGUGGAAUGCUAUGCAGGAUGUGCAAUCACACCGCGCUGACUCGCCUGUGCUCUUCUCUGACGUGCCAACUGAACGGGAAAGAACAGAGCGGCUGAUUAAGACUCGUCUAAGAGAAAUCAUGAUGCAGAAAGACCUCGAGAAUGUAACUUCUAAAGAGAUCCGAACCGAGCUGGAGAUGCAGAUGGUGUGUAACCUGCGGGAGUUUAAAGAGUACAUUGAUAACGAGAUGAUCGUCAUUCUGGGUCAGAUGGACAGCCCCACUGAGAUCUUUGAGCAUGUAUACUUGGGUUCAGAAUGGAAUGCAUCUAAUCUAGAAGAGCUACAGAACAGCGGAGUUCAGUACAUCCUCAACGUGACAAGAGAGAUUGAUAACUUCUUCCCAGGCCUGUUUGAGUACCACAACAUCCGCGUGUAUGACGAGGAGGUCACAGACCUGCUGGCCUACUGGAAUGACACCUACAAAUUUAUCUCCAGAGCCAAGAAAACCGGGGCAAAGUGUCUGGUGCACUGUAAGAUGGGCGUGAGCCGCUCUGCCUCCACCGUGAUAGCCUACGCCAUGAAGGAGUAUGGCUGGGAUCUUGAGCAGGCCUUUGACUAUGUCAAAGAGCGCCGUGCUGUCACCAAACCCAACCCCUCCUUCAUGAGACAGCUGGAGGAGUACCAGGGUAUCCUGUUGGCCAGUAGGCAGAGACACAACAAGCUUUGGCGUUCUCACUCUGACAGCAACCUGUCUGAGUACCAUGAGCCAUUACUUAAGACUCCUGGGGCACAGUCACUGGGGCGCUCCAAUCCCCGUAACCAGGGUGGCAACCAGGCUUCUCCAUCACUCCAAGAGCUGCUGCAGACACUCGGCCCUUCCAGUAUGGCAGGUGAGCAGGAAAACCCAGAGCCAAGAGCAAAGGCUUCACCCAUCUCAAACGGCCUUGGAGACUCUGAGGAAAGCCUUGCUGCAGAGGAACCACCACUUCUCACUAAACCCAGGGCAGCUACAGUCGUGCCUGAUGUCAGACCUGAAGUGACAUCCAUCAACUUGGCAGAAACUGUCCCGGUGGGCCGGCCACAUCCACCUGCUGCUCUUCAUAACCUCAACACAUCCCCUAAAGUUCCCUCUGCUGCAGAGGCCAAAUCGGUCAGCCCUGAUCAGCCAGAGGAGAGACCUAGAUCAGGGUCCAGUAGAAGUAGGACCCCAGAGCCGAACAGACAAAGCCCAAACCUCUUGGCAGGGCCGCUCACACAGGUGCCUGAACUUAGGCAAAAAUUUAGCCAGCAAGUGCCUGACACAGAUGAAAACUGUGCAGGGCGAGGUCACACCAGCGAUGACGACCACCACCAACACCCCAGUGCCACGGUACAGCAAGCUGGCCUUUCAGCCUCACCUUCCUCAGCUCUUAGCUCAGACCGCAUCGACUUCUUCAGUGCCAGAGAAAAAUUCCUUGGCCUCUCUCUAGAGGGGCAAAGCCGUGCGAGUCCUGAGCAGCUGAUGGCUCGAGACAAAAGUCCGAGCCAGGAGUCAAAGCAGCUGAUUCCCGAGCAUCUUGUUAAAGGGGAGGAGGAGCAAAAAAAGGAGAGCUGCAGUGUCUCAGUUUGUAACCUGGUCUCAGAACUGGAGUCCGUAAGGCACAGUAUAACCCCUCCCCCUCCUCCUACCAGCCAACUUGAUUCCAGUAGCUUAAAGGAGGAAGAGGAGUCUGUCAAAAACACACCAGAAGUUGCUGAAGCGCACAAGGCAGAGCUCGAAGAGGCCACGCAGGCUGACUGGCCGAAAGGUACAGUACGCCGAGCCACCAGGCAGCUAGAACAGAAGAUGAAGCAGGACAUUUCACCCUCCACGUUGCUAUCGGGUGCCCUCGUGGAUUCAAAUCUUUCCACUGUUGGCACCAGCAGCAGCUGCAGAGACAUAACCGAGCACACUUCAUCUCAUUCUGAUCCAAGCACUGUGUCAACCUGCCAUUAUCAGCCUGAGAGCACCACAAAGGAAAAGGCAUCUCCUGUGGAGGAAGGGGUGGGAAAGAAGUGCAACUUUAGUCUCAGGGAAGAAGAGCGUGGACACACUGGAUUUUUAGAGGACGCCAGUCCCACAAACUUGAAGCACAGCCAUUCCAAUAAAUCCAGGUCUUCUUCAGAAGUGGUUCUUCUAGGGGGCAUAACUGAGAAAGAGACCAGCACUGACUGCUCUUCACAGUACCAGCUGAAGGAGACAUGGGAGACUUUAAAACAGCUGGGUGAGUUCCUGUCCAAGGUUGGUAACAAACCAGACCAGGAACUCAGCCAGAUCUGGGCUGAAAACGAACGUAAAAAAGGGUUAACCGUUCAAGAGAUUGAGGACAAAAUGUGUCAAGUUGGCUUAAUGCCCUCAUCGCUGGUAAAGCGCUCUGCCUCACUGGCUAAGCUAGGCAUCCUGGAACUUUCUGCUAGUGACAUGGAGCUAAGUCCUGCCUCUUCAUCCCUGUGCACCGAUAAGCCCCACCCUAACUCCUUUAACGAUGAUACCUCAAUAAAGAAGCGGGUUUUACCCAGGCGCACACCUUCCCUCCCUCCCUCCAGUACGUCUCGCCCCUUUUUGACUGGGACACAUUUGGAUAAAAGGUUGGUCAGUUUGCGGACUGAAGAAGCAGAGCACAGCCACAGGGCCCCCAUGCCACUGCCAGUCUCCCCACUGUCCGAAGAGUGCUUGAGGCGAGGGAAGGUGCAGGAUCCAGCUUUCACUCCAGUGCCAGCUCCUGCCUUAAUAUCUGUGGCCACACGAGAACAGUAUGGGAAAACACAUCCCUUGACAAGGCUAAAAAGUCGGACCUUGAACUCCCCCUACAAUACCGUGUGACCUGGGCUCUGUUUUUUAAUUUGUGUUUGUGUGUGACUGAGUCUUUUACAAUUUGUAAUGUGUAAUUUAUCCACACAUACCUCAGUGGGCCUUACAAAACCGGAAAUAAACUGCAGGGUAGGUUUGUAGCCUAUCAGAUAUACAUUAAGGAGCACAAAGUCAGAGAUUAGUCACUGAUGGGGUUGAUGGGGCAGGUUUACUCCGGACCCAUUAACAAUAAACGAACUGCACAGUUUCUGUCAACUGGUUCAUUUCAUACAGGAUUUCGUUUAGUCUGUAAUCUCAUACUGCAGAAAGCUUAUUUUCUGAUCUGUAAUGGAUUCCUAACUGUCUGAGGAUUAGUGUGUAAUUGAAUGGGUGGAUGAGUCAGAUAAAGAAAUGUUAAAAAUACAUUCAGGUAUGAAUGUAAUGUUAUUGAGUGUAAUGUUAUUAUGGAUGUCUGAUUAGCGUGCAUGUUAUUCAGUUAUGAGUGGAAUAAGUCGUGGUACAUAAAAUAUAGAUCUGUUGGGGCCUAGUGGAUUUACGGCUAUAUAGCCUGAUUUUAACGGAUGUGUAUGACUGUAAAUGUGUGAGCACCUUUUUUAGUCUGUGUUUAGUCCAUAAGUGCAGUUUUUUCCUUUCUGAAUUUUUGUUUAGAAAUGUAUAAACAAAUAUGGGGAGGUUUUUAAUAUGCACUUUAUCUUUUAUUUUUAUUUUUAUUAUGUUUCACAUUUUUUUAAUCUGUAGUGUGUAAUCUGGAAGCAUGCUGGCUGGGUGUGUGUAUCGGGUCACCUGUAUGUUUGAUGUACUGUGCAAUUUGGUCUUUUUUCUGUUCCUCGUGAGACUGGCUUUUCUUUUUACUCUGCUUAAACUGUGACUAUUAAAACAUUUUAAAAAAGA